AGGAGGAGGAGGGAAGACCUGGCGGAAGCCUCACACCGCAGCAGCCUCGGCACCAGCUGAGUUUCAGAAAGAAGCAUUCGGAUUCUGUGAACUUUCUUCUAAGCAUCCUCUUUCAGAUUCUCCUUCAGGGUAAAAGAGGGGGCACAGGGACCACAGGACAGGAAACUGCAGAAGAUGCUGGCCUGGGAUCCAGAGACGGAAGCGGAGAGCCGGGGGAGGGGAAGAGCCUGGUAGGCAAUCUGUUCCGAAGCAAGCAAGCAAGGGAGUGGGGAUUCCACGAUGAGGGAGGGAGAGUCAUAUCUGCUGAAGACUGAUGGCUGUGUCCUUGGAACGGAAGUGAAUCCUGCCUCCACCUGCUCAUUACAAAGGUACUCUGAGAGAGGUGCCAGCUUGGAGAAGUAGACAAGCUCGCCUAGCUGAAUCCUGAAUUGUACCUCUAGUACUCAUGGCUUUCUCCAGCUUUGGUGACCCAGUCUGUGGGUGUCACUCAAAGCCCAUCCCUCCCGGGAGUACAAAGAGGAUUCCUGGGAGUUCCAGCAGCCACUGACACUGAGGACUCGGGUUUCAGGAAGCCCAUGGAGACCUACCCCCAGGCUCCCUUCCUAAAGCUCCCAGCCCAAGUCCUCGCCGAACUCAUGCCCACUGGACCACGAGGAGAAAUAGCUUCUGAGACCUCAGAUGCUGGAGACCCAGAUGCAGAUCUGACAUCCUAAUUAGUCCCAGACCCAGGACCAGGCUUAAGUUUUCUUAGAAGAAGUGCCAGGAUCUUUAAAGGGCACCUUUCAUCUCCUUCACAUCCUCCCUCCCAACCCUCAGACACAGUGCCAAGAGGAAGCAUCCAGCAGGUAUGGGUGACAGGGCACAAAAGAUCUGCAGGGAGCCUUCCAGGACCUUGUAGCAGCUGCUCCAGCCCCUUUCUUUCCCCGUUUCUCUCUCAAGCUUUGAUGGUCCUUUCACACUCCAGGAGACCUCAACUGGGUUUCUUACUCCCCAAGCUCCAGCAAGGAGCUUCCCGUGGAUCUCAGGAAGCUCCUGGGUGCUUAGAGACUUCUAGAGAAGGCUUGAGCCAUGAGAGCAUUCUUCCAGGAGCCUCACCUUCAGAACUCAGGCCUCUUGUGGAGCUGCUUUCCUGAGCAUUGAUUGCUGGACCAGGAACACAGCCCCUCAUGGGUUCCGUGCAGCACUGCUAUUGCCAGCAGCUGAAGAUGGGUGACACCUGGGCCCAGCUUCCCUGGCCUGGGCCUCCCCACCCAGCCUUGCUACUGUUCUCCCUUCUCUUGGUAGCUGAGGUGAUGCACUCCAAUGCAGGUAGCAGCUGCCCAGUCCUUUGUACGUGCCAUAACCAGGUGGUGGACUGCAGCAACCAGCGGCUGUUCUCUGUGCCCCCUGACCUGCCCAUGGACACCCGAAACCUCAGCCUGGCCCACAACCGCAUUGCAGCUGUACCGCCUGGCUAUCUCACAUGCUAUGUGGAGCUCCGCGUGCUGGAUUUGCGCAACAACUCCUUGGUGGAGCUGCCCCCGGGGCUUUUCCUCCAUGCCAAGCGCUUGGCACAUCUGGAUCUGAGCUACAACAACCUUAGCCACAUACCCGCUGACAUGUUUCAGGAGGCCCAUGGGCUCAUGCACAUCGACCUGAGCCACAACCCAUGGUUGCGUAGGGUGCACCCCCAGGCCUUCCAAGGCCUUGUGCAGCUCAGAGACCUGGACCUCAGCUUUGGUGGCCUGGCUUUCCUCAGCCUCGAAGCCCUUGAGGGUCUUCCCGGGCUGGUGACCCUGCAGAUUGGGGGCAACCCAUGGGUAUGCGGUUGUACCAUGGAGCCCCUGCUGAAAUGGCUAAGAAAUAGGAUCCAGCGCUGUACCGCGGAUUCUCAGCUGGCUGAAUGUCGGGGCCCUCCUGAAGUCGAGGGUGCCCCUCUCUUCUCACUCACUGAGGAGAGCUUCAAGGCCUGCCACCUGACUCUGACCCUGGAUGAUUACCUCUUCAUCGCAUUCGUGGGCUUCGUGGUCUCCAUUGCUUCUGUGGCCACCAACUUCCUCCUGGGCAUCACAGCCAACUGCUGCCACCGCUGGAGCAAAGCCAGUGAAGAGGAAGAAAUUUGACAUUGGUGCCUCUCAUCCCUCCAUGCUGCCAAAUGCUAUUGCUGCUGACCACUGGACACCCGCUCUGGCUGCCAACUCCAGAUCCAUGGUAUCCUGGCCACCUCCAUUAUAGCUCUAACAAGGUUGGCAAACUAACUUUGUCUGAGCAUCUAUCAUCCACUUUGGCCCAGGCACUGUGCUAAAAGGUGGGAAUGGAACACAGAACAAACCCAGUCCUUGCCCUGGAGGUACUUACUUCUAGUAAAGGGGAGAUAUUCCAUAUGAUCCUUUUGUGACAAUAUGUCAGUGAUCUGAACAUAUACUUAGGGAAGCCUAGAAGAGGGUCUGUCAGCUCUGCCUCAGAGACCUCAAGAAGAAUUACAAAAAUGAAGUGGUUUUGAACUGGGUCAUCAAAAAAAAGCCUGCUUUUUUAAGUGGACAAAGAGGGGUGGACAUUAGCAAAUGAUAGAAUCCAAUGUGCAGAGUGAACAGUGAACUAUUCCUCGUGGCAUACGUGUUUCGAGGGGAAGCACAGAACCAAAAGUUUCCCUCCGACAUUUAAUCUCCCUGUUGCCAAUCACUGCCUCCUGAGAAUGAGAAUGCCUCCAGCCUAGCCCUUUAGCUUCCUCCCACCAAUAGCUACGGGGUAGGACCACCUCCCAGUGACUGCCCCUGUGCUGUGCCCCAACUGUAGCUUACUGGUGAGGUCCCAGGUACCAGGCUAAGGGUGAUCACCGCCAGUGCCGUUGCUCCUACCCCCAUCUACUGCCUCUCAUGCAAGCAUUGUCUUCAAAAAGCAGGGCAAGAGGCUCCAUGAUGGCACCUGGGACUCCAACUAUGUGUGACUGUUCUUGCCACAGUGCUCCCACCCAGGGAUCUUACCACGAAAUGCACUGUGGGCCACAAAUCCUAGCAUGACAGUACCCAGAAAAGAAUGACAAAGCUACCACCUUCAUGACCACAGGAAGACGUUCAUUUUCUUCUAAGCAAGUCAUCCAUUUGAGCAGAACAGUGGAAGAGCUGCCAAUCCCUGAGCACUUGCCAACAUCAAGCAUUGUGACCAGGCUCUCUCCUCAACAAUUCCCUUGAGCGCACAGACACACACACACACACACACACACACACACACACACACACACACGCCAGUCUUUUCAGGGGAACACUGUUGUUCCCAUUGUACAGAAGGAGUCAUUUAGCCUUGGAGAGGAUAAAGCAACUGCUAUUUCAUGGACACAAUAAAAUCUGUAUUCUUUUAAUUCCCCCAUCCAAGUUGGGGAGAAUCCUUCUGAAGUAUAUAAAUUCAAAUUCAAGUCAUGCUGAUGAAAUUUCUGAUAAAGUCCAUGCAUUCCUCUGGGCACUUUUAUAUCUUCUGUCUUGCUUAUUUUCACUCUUACUGCCUGGUAGAUCUCACUUUGUAGCUGAAUUAACUGUAAGGAGCUAGGUAACUUAUUCAAUGUUAUCUGGAUACACUCUACAAAGAAGGUGAUAGCCAACUCCCUUCAGGGAACUUACACAGUCAAUCAAAACACAAAUAAUAUGGCUGGGGAUGUAGUUCAGUGGUAGAGUGCUUGCUUAGAAUCAGCAAGCCCUUGGGUUCAAUCCUCAACACCACAAAAAAAACAAAAUUAAGAAAAAAAAUCAAGUGACUGUGCAUGAAGCAUAAUUAUCAACACCAUUGUCAUUGUCUUCAUCUUUACCAUCCAUCUCAUCAGUGUCACCAUGAUCUCUCCUGUCUUGUUCCACACUGGAAGGUACAGAAAGUGCUUUUGUAUUAUUCUCCAGGUCCAAUCCUGUGUGGGAGACAAGCCAAACAUCAGCAAUGCUCUUGUACAAAUGGUAAAGUCAAAGCUCAAGGUAUUUUAGGAUUUGGGGCUAAGUGGCAGGAUUGGGUUCCAUUCUCAGUUUCCCUUCUAUUUCCAGUGCUUUCCCAGGUACUGGGGGAGAUAGGGACUCAGUGGCCUACAUUGUGGGGCCCCACAAUUCAUCAGUCAUGAGCAUGCUAGCAGAUAAGAUAAGCUCACUGAAAGGCAGGGAAAGCCAGGUAUGCCCAAAUUGAGAUAUGCACAUGGCAAGACCAUGUCAGCCCCUAAAAUACAGGCAACAUCUCAACAGAAGACUCCUUCUUUACAAUGUGUAAAUAAAGCAUUAGAAUCAGUGGCCAUGGUGGCUAACAUAUUUUAACAUAUAUAUAGUCUUUGGGAAGCUCCUAUCACAGCCCUGAUGUGUAGUAUUGCAGGAGAACUCCAGGAAGUUCUGUUGAACUCCAUAGAAAGUGGGGGGUUCUUAAAGUACAGUCCAAUGUAUUAGCUAGGCUGGCUAGGGCAAAUUUGAAAACAAUGCCUUUGUACCUUGGUCCCAACCCCCACGCAAGCUUCCAUUGUCCAUCCUCCAGGCAGUCCUGAAGUGAAUGAAGAAGAAUGUUUCACCUUCUCUGCACUGAGCUAGUCAGCCAAAAGUUCUCUGAAGCUUGAAUGCGUGUCUCUUGACUCUUGCUUGUAUCAUUUGGACUGAGCUCUGCUCCUGUGACAUCUGAAGCAGAAAUGUGCCCUGCGCUCUCCUAUUCCCCUGUGCCCAAGGAUGGUGGACUCCAGCUAUCUUCCAGUGGACAACCUAAACAAUACUUGGAAAGGAACUUUUAGAAGUAAUACUCCUGAUCAAAUAGUUCAGCUUUCCAUACAGGAACACCAUGUUCAUCUAUAAUAAUCUCUUGAGUACUAUUGUUUGCUGAAUUAUAGUUAAUAUAUUCCAAGAUAGGGACCUUUUCUCUGUUUUAGAACCAGGUGAAACACCAAAUGCCCCUUGAGAUCAAGUGUCCUUUCUAAUGGGACAAUUUGAUCUCCAUUAAGGCAAAGACUUCUGAGCAAGAGAUAUGACCUUUAAAAAAAUGUUUCUCCAGCUUCUAGAAGGCCCUUGGUUAACUAAAAGCACAAUGAGGGAAGCAAUAGACCUCUGUAAUAGCAAGGAAUUCUCCCACCACCAUCACUCGUGUAUUCAGGCCAUUAGAGCUCAGUGUUGAGAAAUAAUCUAGAAAUCUUGGUCACAACUGUUCAUACAUCCUGGUAAUCACAACCCCAUUAUGAUGUUCCCACAAGGUUUUGUUCAGUUUGUUCCAUGCUGGGUAAUUAUAUAUAUAUAUGAUGGUGCAUCUCUGUGUUGAUAUAGCUGUCUGUGAGGUUCUACUUGUACUGGUUAUCUGCUGAUUUGGGGAAUGCCCCCAUAGUAUUUCAGUUUAAUUCAUUUACACAGUCCACUUAGGUUUCUGGCUGUUGCAUUAUUUAAUGGGCAAAAAUGGGACUCUACCAAGCUGCUCAGAAAAUAUGAAAAGAGAAAACUCUAUGGUUGAAAUACUCUACUGAAAACCUGACUCUUCCCUGAUUCCCUUCACCCUUGCUCCCUGAGAGACUUGUCCCCUCACAAAAGCUUCUCUAAUGCUGAGCCUGAAAAUAUCGAGGUCUAACUAAACAACACAACUAUGAAGGUCAAGGUCUGCCCAAGGAAAUUCUUCUUUAGAAUAGACCCCACAUUUUUACCAUACCACUCUGGACCAAUUCCCUCUAAUUAUUCUCAGACAAACUCACAUUUCUUUUUCCAUUUUUACCAGGCUUCCUUGUGGGACUUUGAAGAAAUAAGUCCCCCAAAGAUACCAUAAAGUUUCAUGGCCCAUCUCAAAGACCUGAUGUAUAGAACUUGAAAAGAACAGAGCAGGUCUUCAACCACUGGGAAAGACCAACCACCCCAUUUUCACCAUAGACAUAUUUGCUGACAUUCCUUCUAGUGGUAGAAGAACAUAAGGAGAUGUUUAUGUUCAUUUGUCAAAAAGACACCUCGAAAACUAGAGAAACUGUUGCUCUCAAAACAAACAGAAGCCAGGGAGACCAGUAACAAGGUCCUUUUGUAAAGUAUCAUAUUGGCCAUAACACUCACAGGACAGUUGGACCCAUGGAGCUCUCCAUUUUCCUAAGCGCUGUCCUGCAGAGUGGUGGUGUCUGGUGGUGGGAGGGUUAGGGAGGUGGCAGGGGU